CGACAAGCCUAGGUCACCAAUUAGGCUAUUUGUUUUGGUUCGUGCAAGUUGCUCAGUCAUUGAAAAGAACCUGAAAAAUGCCGGAUUAUUUAGGAGACGAUCAGCGGAAGGCCAAGAAGGACGAGAAAGAGGAAAAGGAGGAAGAUAUUAAAGUUCUCGACGAAGGCGAUAUCGCUCUACUUAAAACUUACGGCGUCGGCCAGUACAGCAAGUCGAUCAAACAGGUUGAAGAUGACAUUCAGGCAAUUUUGAAGCGCGUUAAUGAACUGACAGGUAUUAAGGAAUCUGACACGGGCUUGGCACCUCCCGCACUUUGGGAUUUGGCAGCAGACAAGCAGACUUUACAGAAUGAGCAGCCACUUCAGGUUGCACGUUGCACCAAGAUCAUCAACGCGGACAGCGACGACCCGAAGUACAUCAUCAAUGUGAAGCAGUUUGCCAAGUUUGUGGUCGAUCUUGCCGAUUCCGUGGCACCUACUGAUAUCGAGGAGGGCAUGAGGGUCGGCGUGGACCGCAACAAGUACCAGAUCCACAUUCCUCUGCCUCCGAAGAUUGAUCCGACGGUGACCAUGAUGCAGGUGGAAGAGAAGCCGGAUGUGACGUACACAGAUGUUGGAGGUUGCAAGGAACAGAUUGAAAAACUCAGGGAGGUCGUCGAAACGCCCCUAUUGCACCCAGAGCGCUUUGUAAACCUGGGCAUAGAGCCUCCCAAGGGUGUUCUCCUCUUUGGCCCUCCCGGAACGGGGAAGACCCUGUGCGCCAGGGCAGUGGCCAACCGUACAGACGCCUGCUUCAUCCGAGUCAUUGGCUCCGAACUUGUACAGAAGUACGUCGGUGAGGGGGCUCGCAUGGUGAGAGAGCUGUUCGAGAUGGCCAGGACCAAGAAGGCCUGCCUCAUCUUCUUCGACGAAAUUGAUGCUAUCGGAGGUGCCCGUUUUGAUGACGGAGCUGGAGGGGACAACGAAGUGCAACGGACCAUGCUGGAACUGAUCAAUCAGUUGGACGGGUUUGACCCUCGUGGUAACAUCAAGGUGUUGAUGGCCACCAACCGACCCGACAUUCUCGACCCUGCCCUGAUGCGACCCGGUCGACUUGACCGAAAGGUCGAAUUCGGCCUGCCUGACCUGGAGGGACGGACACACAUAUUCAAAAUUCACGCCCGCUCUAUGAGCGUGGAGAGGGACAUACGCUUUGAACUCCUCGCCAGGCUGUGCCCAAACAGUACAGGUGCUGAAAUACGCAGCGUGUGCACAGAAGCAGGUAUGUUUGCCAUCCGCGCGCGACGGAAAAUAGCCACCGAGAAGGAUUUCUUAGAGGCCAUCAACAAGGUUAUCAAGUCGUACGCCAAGUUCAGCGCUACUCCUCGUUACAUGACUUACAACUGAGCUCUGUUGCCAGCUGCAGUGAAAGUGUUCGGCCUGCAAAUAAAAGCUUUUUUUUUUUCUCUGUCUGUA